AGAACAGCUCCUGCCCAGACAAAGGCAGCGUCUCUCCCCACAUCUGCGGAGCCUGGUUUUUGGGGUGGCCCGUUUUCUCCUUCUGGAGAACAAUUUGGGGUGCAGACCAGCCGCAGGGCUGCUAAUCUCUGUCUCCAGAGCAGGCCAGACAAUAGCAAAGGUGACCCGGCUUGUUUGCAGAGAGGAGCCUUUUCCGGGGGGACGCAGAGUUUGGGGCCUCUCACCUCUUUCUCCCUUUGGUGAUUCAAUAGCUCUUUCCCCCUUCCCAAGCUCAUCCUUCCUGGUUUUCCCAGGAUUUUGGCUUCCCAGCCCCUCUGCAGCAGCAUUUGGCCACCCAGCAUCUGGUUGUCCCCACCUUUGUCACCCAAACCAGGCAGCAGGACAGAGCGGAUGCCAAACAACAUCCUGAGGACAGGAGGACAAGGACACAGCCAGGGCUGAUGGCUUCUCCCUCCUCCCUGGGAUGGUUUGUUUGUCUGCCCAGGUGACUGCGAGGACUGAGCCAUCCCCGUGUCCCCAGGGAAGGUGCUGCGGGGUGGGGACAAGGGUGGAGGCACAUGGUCAGGAUCCGGCCAGCCCAAGACUGGUGAAUCGGACACAGCCACCAGCAUGGGGACGGAGAAGGAGCCCUCCCAGGAUCCCGAUCCAGUGGGACACUACCAGUUCCGCAUCAUCGUGCUGGGGGACGCGGCGGUGGGCAAAUCCUCGCUGCUGCGCUGCUUCGCGGAGGGUCCGGCUGCGGUGGCCACCCCCGGCCCCACCGUUGGCGUGGAAUUCUACAGCCGCACCGUCCCGUUGCCGCCCUCUGGCAAGGCCAAGCUGCAGCUCUGGGACACGGCGGGCCAGGAGAGGUUCAGAUCCAUCACCAGGUCCUUCUACCGGAGCGCAGCGGGUGUGCUGCUGGUGUUCGACCUCACCAACCGGGCAUCCUUUGAACACGUCCCCGAGUGGUACCACGAAGCCGCCGGCGACCGACCCCCCGCGUUCGUCCUGGUGGGACACAAGUGCGACCUGGAAGCCAAGAGAGCCGUGUCGGCGGAGGAGGCCGGGCACCUCGCUGCCACGCUGGGCAUGGCCUUCGUGGAGACCUCGACCCAUGGCAACCUCAACGUGGAGUUGGCCUUCCAGACGUUGGCGAGGAGCAUCCAGCAGGCGCUGGGCUGUGGGGAAGUCACCCCUCACCGCGGUGGCAUCAGGCUCAUCUCCAGCCAGAGCCACCGGCGGCUCCCGGCAUGUGGGGAGUCCCGAGAACGCUGCCGGUGUUGA